UUGCAUGAAAUUGAAUAUAGCGGGGAAUGAUAGGGACCUUCCCAACCACUCCCAAUUUAUAAUUCCUCCCCAUACCACACCCACAGGCCGCAGUACUACGUAAGCUUUGCAGAUACUAUAUACUCCCUACUACUAUACUAGUAGUAGUAGUAGUAGUAUAUAUAGAAGAACUCAUCAAGUGAACAGAUCAUUCGAAAGAAGAAGAAGAGGAAAUGGGUGAUAGGAAAAGAGAGCCGUUGAUGAAGAAAUAUGAAGAAGAGUAUGAAUAUUAUGAGGAUUGUCCAGGUUGCAAAGUUGAGCAGCUUAAACGCUCCGACGCCGGCGUCCCUUUUAAACCUGUCUUCUUCAUCUCCGUCGUCACUCUCUGCGCCUCUUUGCCGAUAUCAUCUCUCUUCCCUUUCCUCUAUUUUAUGGUCAGAGAUUUUCACAUUGCAGAAAGGGAGGAAGAUAUAAGUUAUUAUGCCGGAUAUUUAGGUUCUUCAUUCAUGUUGGGAAGAGCUUUGACUUCUAUUCUUUGGGGAAUAAUUGCUGAUCGUUAUGGUCGAAAGCCAGUUGUUGUGAUUGGCACAAUUACAGUGGUUAUAUUCAACGCGCUCUUUGGCCUUAGUACCAACUUUUGGAUGGCUAUAGUUACAAGGUUCCUUAUAGGCAGUUUGUGCGGAAUAAUUGGCACAAUGCGUGCUUAUGCUUCUGAGAUUUGCCGAAAAGAAUACCAUGCUCUGGGGAUAUCUGCUGUAAGCACGGCAUGGGGGUUAGGCUUGGUGAUUGGUCCUGCUAUUGGAGGUUAUCUUGCACAGCCUGCAGAAAAGUAUCCCACCGUAUUUUCCAAAGAAUCCUUUUUUGGGAGAUUCCCAUAUUUUUUACCUUGCCUUAUGAUAUCAGUCUUUGCAUUAGCUGCAACAGUAAUGUCCUUUUGGCUUCCGGAGACACUGCAUAAGCAUAACAGAAUAAAAAAAGAGCAAAAUAAUAUUCAUGCAGUUGCAGAAGGAGCUCAAAAUGGUUUAGAUGUGUCUGAGAGCAUGGAGCAUUCUGAACGCAGAGCCCCGAAUUCUAAACAAAACCUUCUGAAGAAUUGGCCCUUAGUGUCUUCUAUUAUUGUCUACUGUGUAUUCCAGCUCCAUGAUAUUGCCUAUUUGGAGAUAUUUUCACUUUGGGCUGUCAGUCCAAGGACCCUUGGGGGUUUAAGCUUUACGACUGCUGAUGUUGGACAAGUUCUCGCCAUCACAGGCCUUGGUUUGCUACUCUUUCAGCUGCUUGUUUAUCCACUGGUGGAAAGGAUUACUGGGCCUGUCAUGAUUUCUCGGGUUGGCGCAGUUUUAAGCAUACCAUUGUUGGCAAGCUACCCAUAUAUAGCUUUAUUAACUGGUGUUGGCCUCUCCAUAGCGCUCAACUGUGCAUCUAUGUUAAAAAAUAUUCUCUCCGUAUCAAUUACAACUGGCUUACUAAUCAUGCAGAAUAGAGCUGUGUCCCAGGAGCAAAGAGGAGCUGCAAAUGGAAUUUCAAUGUCCUCAAUGUCUCUUUUCAAGACAAUUGGCCCAGCAGCCGGGGGCUCAUUAUUGUCCUGGUCACAAUGGCGUCAAGACGCUGAUAUUCUGCCAGGUGAUCAGUUGGUUUUCUUUGUUCUCAACAUCAUUGAGUUGCUCGGCCUACUUCUGACCUUCAGAUUCUUUCUGAAAGAACCUGAAGACAGCGAUAUUCCUAAUUCAAAACACGACUCUUUGGAUCAAGAAAAUGGAAUACAAGAGAGGCUCGUGUUAACGGAAUUACCCUGAAGUACCAAAAGUAAAAAGUUCAGAUCAGAAGUGAAAAGUCAAUCGCCAGCACAAUAUGCUGCAGAAGUACAAGUGCAUGACUUUCAAAAUAGCAUAUCACUUCAAAGAGUUGAACUAAAGCUGGUUAAAAAUUCUCCGGAUAAUUGAUUGUAAACCUUCAUCUCCAUAUCACAGAUUUAUGUAUGCCAUGAAAAGGGAAAGAUGCAAUUUUUAGGUGUAUCUUAGAGAAUAAAUGAAUGUUUGAGCCUCAUGAAUUAUGUAUAGUUGCUUGGCAAUUUGGUACGUCAUAUAAUACAAAAUCAGGUGAAAAGAAGUGGAUUUGCGGAAA